ACCAGCGCUCCCCGGGGAGGGGUCCCCUCCCCAGAGGGGCCUCUGACCCUCCAAACGGGACGAGAGGUGGGCAGAGAGUCCUCAACGUCCCGGUGUCGGGGGGCUGUAAAGGGUGCUGGGCCCACCAGGUCCUGCCCUUCCUCCUCCGCUGAGCCAGGAGCCCAAGGGCCACCUCGAAGCUGAGCGACAUCCCCAGCCCAGGGCAAGGUUGGCAGAGGGGUGGACACUGACUCUUCCCAGGAGAUGGACAGAGUCACCAGGCACCUGGUCUUCCAGCUCCCGCAGACCUCGCACAGGCAUGACCUCGGCGAUGCUGGCACCGUGGCGGAGCAGAGGGCCGACAGCGACGACGACGUGUUUGGCUCCGCUCAACACAGCAGCCAGAGGGUGGAAAACGGCUAUGGCUGGAAAGUGAGGUCGAAGUCUCCCUCAUAUUUCCUGGAUGGUGGAAAAGAUGUCUGGACCCCAUCCCCGGACAGGGAGACCAAGCUGGAGGUGGUGAGGUCGGGAAGCUUGUAUGACCUCAGGGCUUACAGGGGGGAGAGGAAGCCCUCAAAGCUUUACGAUGAGGAUGAGCAGGAACAGUACAGGGUCCCUCCACCAAACAUCUCACCCGAGAAAGCCAGGGAGCUCGAGGACGAGAGGAAGGAGGUCAUCCGGAGCCAGGUGAUGAGGAAGAGCUCCACCAUGGCUGAGCGUUGGAGUUCCAUGGAUGAGCUGAGCUCCAUAAACACCAGCUUGGGCAGCCAGGGCGACAGCAGGCACAAGGGCAGCUUCACCAGCAGCUUCGGCCUUUCCUUUGACAAGUCUUCGGGGAGGGCAGUGACGCCCGUUGACCCUGAAAAUAUUGACACGGAGCAGAUCAACUUCUCUGCAGCUCGGCAGCAGUUCCUGAUGCUGGAAAAGACCAACCCAGGCUCUUUUGUCAGCCCAGGGCAACAGGCCAUGUCUCCAAGGCCAGAGUCAGUGACAAGAGUCUCCAGGCAAGAGUGGUCCAGUCCCGAGAUGGCCACAAAGGCUGCGAAAGGUUACAGUAACGCCGGGGCAUCCAGCCAGAGCAGGACAGACAAGACCAUUUAUCAGGUUUAUAGUGUGUCCUACAAGACACCUGUGAAGGAGGAGGUUUAUGCUCCCAAAAGGGCUGAUACCGAAAGGUCAUAUCCCACUGGGAAAAUGUCCACCUUGACUAAGGCAUCUUCCAGAGAAGACCUCGACUCCGGCUUGGGCGAGAUGUAUAACGAGGGCAACACAAGCUACACCAGUGAUGGGAGCACAUCCAACGAGGUCUUCAACGGCGUUGUGGAUCUGAGGAACGGGAGCAAUGGCCUGGACAAGGAGAUGAAGAUCAGCAACGAGACACCCAUCGAGCGGGAGAUCCGCAUGGCCAUGGAGAGGGAGGAGAACCUCUGGAAGGAGAGGGGCAUCCCACGGCUGACCUCCAGCAGUGAGCUGGUGGAGAUCCAGACCAAGCCUCUCCUCUCCAUGCACACCUCCCCCGGACCAGGCAGGAAAGGGAAGGACAGAGGCCGCGCUUCCCUUUACCUCCAGAGGGAAAUCGAGCAGGAAACCAAGCGUGAGGAAGCCCUGAAAAAGCAAGGAAGGCUGCUGGGGACAUAUGACAGGGGGACACAGCAGGAGCUGGACGAGCGCAGAAGGGUGUUCGAGCAGGAGGAAGCCCCCCCGCAGAAGCCCACCCCCACGAGGAAUGCAGAUGAGCAGAGGAUCUGGAUUCGUGAGUUUGUGGUGGAGCAGCCCCCAAGCCACAGCCCCCACCACACAGAAGACACCAGGGGUGGGAGAAGCCUUUCCAGCUCCGCACUGAGCACCACGCACUUCCAGGGGUCCCAGCCCCGCUUCACUGCCAGCGAGAAGAGCCAGGACCAGCCCCUGGAGUCACAGCACGUUUCCGCCAGCGCCAGCAAGUGGGGGAGCAAGGAUUCCUGGGGAGGAAGGCUUCCCGGCUCCACCCCGAGCCCUCCCGGCACCACUGUCCUGCCCAGAGAGUACUUCUCCUUCUCCUUCUGGAAGCCCAAGGUCUCCUUCGUGGACGAGAUGGGGACGCAGAGCCCGCUGAGGAGGGAGGACAGCCGGGACGAGCAGUACAAGCUGAGGACCUGGAAGCCACAGACGUCGGCGAUGAUCGAGGAGGAGAUCCGGAGUGACCUGCAGCGGGAAGAGGAGCUGCAGGAGCAGCGGCGGCGGCGGCAGCUCAUCGACGGCUACUCCGUGGUCAGCAGCGACGGCUUUCCCCAGGAGGACUCCCGCUCGCGGCACAGCUCUGCUGCCUCAGGUGCCAGCGGCAGCUACUCGGUGUCCGAGUCUCCUGUCCCCUCUCCUGCCUCGCCCCAGGUGGGGGUCCUGGGGCUGAUGUCGUCCUUCACCCCCCUGAGAGUGGUCAGUCCCUCCCAGGGCAGCACCGAGACCCUCGGCCCCGACUCGGCUCGUUCCAGCCCCUUCGAGGAGCGGAGGAGGAGGGUGAAGGAGGAAGGAAAGUACGCCGGCAUCGAGCCCGUUGACAAGAUCAACACGGAGGUUGUGGAGAGCACCCGGGUGGUCCGUCACAAGAGCGCCAUGGCCCAGCGCUGGGAGGCCGGGCAGUACGUCAGGGACGAGGACUGAGGGAGCCCCCGGGGCCACCGGGCUCCGCUGCCAACCUGCCCCUUUUGGGGCCAACUGACACACGAUGGAAAUACCCGACCUGUUCAGCGCCUGGUUAUCGGAAUCAGAGACUCGUGCUCUGCAAAUCGCACCCGUUUUUAACACACCAGCUGAUCCCUCCAACGCUGCCCCCUCCUCUCCCCUUCCCCCGCCCCUCCCAGCUCAGGUAAUACUUUUAUUUUUUUUGCCUUGAGAGGGGGUAAAAUUGGAUCACUUUCUUUUAAUCACUCUCGCAAGGAGCCAGCUAGAGGAAAUCAUACGGUAAUUUAACUUCUUUCCCACUGGAAGCUGUGUCUCUGGCUUACCAAAAAAAAAAGCUCUUUUAUUUCUAAGUGGUUUUAGAUUUUUGGGUCGCACACCGUCGGGCCCCGCGCAGGGGGAGUACCGAGGCCGGUGCCUUUGGAUCAACACCAGCAUCAAACUGGGAAAUCAACGUUUCUGCUUAACUCGCCUGAUCCGCGGAGAUGCAGUGACAUCAUGUACACACACAUGUAUAAAUGCUGUUCAUUUUGCUAAUUUAUUAAAGACUCCUCGCUCUCCCUCGUU